CCUGAACUAUCCGCAUCCAAGCGCAACCGGCGCGCACAACGAAUACGGGGACCAAGACGGCCGAUAACACCGGGUCGAUAAGAACAAGGGUCCGGAUGACGGGUAGCUAUCUCCUGCGGGGAACAGCCGGUCUCACCCCUCCACUUCCAAACUCCAAUCCGUCGCCGCCUUUGGAGGACGCAUACCACCGGCCUGCACAACGAUGCAUAAUCCCUCCCAAAAAAGGAAGCUCGCAAGAGAACAACACUGGUGAGCACUGAGCCAUGAGCAUUAGACGGCCAAGCGCCUUGGCAAUCUCGUUGGUCUUGUCAGCCUCAUCUCAAGAGGACUGCGUGUCUUUAUCGUCGUCUUCAUCCAACAUCACUCACAUCUGCCGACUAUUCAGCGCAUCAUCUCACACACAAAGACCCCCACCACAACAAAAAUGGCCAAGCAAACAUCAACACCAGUCGCCUCGCCCGCCGCAGGCGCGAAAGAAGACGAGACGCCGUCAGACCCGCAGCAGCAGCAGCAGGUAGCGGAAACAUCACCAGCGGAGAGGAUACUAGCGCUCCUCAUGCCCCCUGCCUGGGCGCGCCGCCUCAUCUUCGUCGUUCUCAUCUUCUACAUCACGCCGUUCCUGCUCACGCACUGGAUCGAGACAUCGACGAAGCUGAUUAGGAUGAUACGGGCGUUGACCGGCCAGAGGUGAUUGUUCAUUACGUGGAAUCAAGAGUGAUGGAUGUUUGGGG